AUGUUACUAGUCCGCCAUGCAUCAACUACACUCGCGAGCUCCUGCUACACCCAGACCGCACAUUCGGCGAGCCUGAGCCUGUUACUGCCCAUGGCGUCUGUGUCGACGUGUUUGUUGCUCGCGUAUGCGUUUCUGGGUUUCAGCAGCUUCGAUUUGGGGGUUGGCAUCCAACGGGUGCAGGCGGAGGUGUCGGGCCAGCCAGACGUGAGUCCGAGUCUACAGGAGAUAUUGGAUCAGGCCCAUAAGGGGCCGUUGUAUACGUAUCCCACGAGCUUGACGCAGGGAAUUCUACCAAAGGGGAUACAUUCGCAUAAUGACUAUUGGAGGGAUGUCCCCUUUUACAGCGCCCUUUCUGUAGGCGCCAUCUCCAUCGAAGUCGACGUCUGGCUGUAUAACGGCACGCUGUUCGUCGGCCACGAGAUCUCUGCCCUCACCAAACAACGUACGUUCGAGUCGUUGUAUAUCAAUCCAAUUCUCGAUGUUAUCAAGCGUCAAAAUCCUAGCACGCCAUUUGUCACACAGAAGACCUACAACGGGGUCUUCGACACCGAUUCGGGACAAACGUUGUAUCUGUUUGUUGAUUUAAAGACGAGUGGGCCGGAGACUUGGCCGGUGGUUGUUAAGGCGCUGGAGCCCCUACGCUCCGCCGGCUAUCUCUCCUCCACAGACGGCACGACCUUCACCAGCGGCGCCGUAACAGUCAUCGGCACCGGUGAUACGCCCCUGAACCUCAUCCAGCCCAUCGCCUCUCGAGAUUACUUUUGGGAUGGGCCCCUCCCGGCCCUCAGCUCAACAUUCUCCAACAUUAGCUCCCUCGUCUCGCCUAUUGCUUCUGCAUCCGUGGGCUCUGCCUUCGGCGGCACCGUCCUCGGACCGAGUCUGAACGACACCCAGCUUGCUAUCCUGCGGAGUCAGGUUGCGGUGGCGCAUAGCAAGGGCAUCAAAGUGAGGUAUUGGGAUCAGCCUGGCUGGCCGAUCUCGACACGGAACGGGCUCUGGAGGCAGUUUAGGACGGAGGGUGUGGACUUGAUCAAUGUGGAUGAUUUGGAGGCCGCGGCGGGGUUUGGGGAUGAGUGGUGA